GCCCAAAACAGAAGUAAAUGUAACUUCUUCAACAUAAAACUUAAAGUAGCGUUUUGAAACAAAAAAAUUGAGCGUAAAAAAUUCUGCUAUUGUUCUAUUUAGUAGUAACAUAUUGAUAUUUCAAAACUCCUAAUCGCGUUUGCGUGAUUCAUUUCGGAUAAGAGUGUUUAUCUGUUGUUAGCAGAUUUAUUUUGAAACGUUUAACCGGAAACAAUGUAUGGUUCAUUUGGUGGUUUCGCAAAGUGGCAAUUUUUCGUCGCACAAACCAACAGAGCGCCGGUGCUGUGGUGGAGUUUGACGUGGCACUCCGCUUCACAGAGAGGUGUAGAUAGUGGAGAGGACUCUGCCCGACAUACAGGUGAUACUCCUUCAUCUUGGCAUGAGAAGACAGUGAGAGCCAUUCCAGCGAAAUGAGUCAACAGGGUUAUGUUGCUGCACCCCCGUACUCCCAGGCCCAGCCAGGGAUGGGGGCCUAUCAAGGUGGAUUCGGAUCUGGCCCUGCGCAGCCCCUCUACGGGCAUUAUGGGGGUCCACCUCAGGCUCCUCCUGCAGUCACUGCAGGUGUGAUGAAAUCACCAGUCUCCUCAGUUGCUGGCAUGCCUCUGUCUCCGGUGUCCAGUCAGUACAAUCCAAAUGUCCAGCAGAAUGGCGCUCAUCCACAAAGCUACCCUGCUCCACCAGCUGUGUCUGCUCCAUAUGGACAACCUCCACACUCACUAUACAACAACAUGGCCUCGCCUGGCCCACCACCAACACAGCAGCUCACCAAUCAGAUGAGUUCUAUGAACUUAGGCAACUAUGGUCCAAUGCAGAGCCCUCCUCCUCCAGCAAGUUCUGUCGCUCAGCAGCCUUUCCAGGCACCACCUCCUUCCUCAUUGGCUCCCCAACACAUGCCUCCAGGCCCCCAGUCCCCCCACAUGUCUCCCCAGAUGUCUCCUCCACAGUCACCCCAAGCAAACAUGCCAAUGGCAGGCCAGUCGAUGGCAGGUACACCAAUGGCAGGCACGGGUAGACCGUUCCCUGGGCCCCCUCCUCCGGGCCCUGGAGGUUUCCAGCAGCCUGGUUUGGCAUCUGCUGGUCAGCCAGGAUACCCCCAGCAAGCAGGUCAGUUUGGGGGAUACAUGGCUGGACCCCAGCCAAAUAUGCCAGGAGGCUUUCCUGGAGCACCAUCUGCACUGGCUGGCCCACCUCAGAAGAAACUGGACCCUGACUCUAUCCCUAGCAUAACCCAGGUGAUUGAAGAUGAUCAAGUGAAACAAGGAGGAGAGGUCUUCAGCACAAACAUCAGAGGACAGGUUCCACCUCUGGUGACCACUGACUUCACAGUAACAGACCAAGGUAAUGCCAGCCCCAGGUUCAUACGCUGCACCACCUACUCACUCCCCUGCACCGCUGAUUUGGCCAAGCAGUGCCAAGUACCCCUUGCUGCCAUCGUCAAACCCUUUGCCAGUUUGCCAAAGAAUGAGACUCCACUGUACGUCGUGAAUCACGGUGAUACAGGCCCAGUCCGCUGCAAUCGAUGCAAGGCCUAUAUGUGUCCCUACAUGCAAUUUAUUGAUGGCGGUCGCCGCUACCAGUGUGGUUUCUGCAACUGUGUCAAUGAAGUGCCAGUCUUCUACUUCCAACAUCUGGACCACAUGGGCCGAAGGGUGGACUUCUAUGAGAGGCCUGAACUGUCGCUGGGAUCCUAUGAGUUUGUAGCCACUCUGGAUUACUGUAAGAACAACAAGCCUCCAAAUCCUCCCGCCUACAUCUUCAUGAUUGAUGUGUCCUACAACAACAUUAAGAGUGGUCUGGUCAAACUGAUAUGUGAUGAGCUGAAGACUCUGCUGGAGAAGCUGCCCAGAGAGGAGGGUAUGGAGAACUCAGCAAUAAAGGUGGGCUUUGUUACCUACAACAAGGUCCUCCACUUCUACAACGUGAAGAGCGCUUUGGCUCAGCCGCAGAUGAUGGUGGUGUCAGACACGGCCGAGAUGUUCGUGCCGCUGCUCAACGGCUUCCUCGUUAACUACCAGGACUCGAGGGCCGUCAUUACAAGUAAGAACCUCCUGGACCAGAUCCCUGACAUGUUUGCAGACACCAGCGAGAGUGAAACGGUCUUUGCCCCCGUCAUCCAGGCUGGUGUGGAGGCAUUUAAGGCAGCAGAAUGUAGCGGAAAGCUCUUCAUCUUCCACUCAUCUAUGCCCACUGCUGAGGCUCCGGGCAAACUGAAGAACAGGGAUGACAAAAAGCUGGUCAACACUGACAAAGAGAAGACCCUGUUCCAGCCUCAGAAAAGUGUUUAUGAGCAGCUGUCUAAAGACUGUGUGGCAAGUGGCUGCUGCGUGGAUCUCUUCCUUUUCCCCAGCCAGUAUUCGGACCUGGCAACCAUGGCCGAUGUGCCUUCACACACCGGAGGCUCCGUCUACAAGUACAGCAACUUCCAGGUAGAGACAGAUGGGGAGCAUUUUCUGAGAGACCUGAGGAAAGACGUGCAGAAGAGCAUCGGGUUUGAUGCCAUCAUGCGCGUUCGUACUAGCACAGGCUUCAGAGCCACGGACUUCUUUGGUGCUGUUUAUAUGAGCAACACUACAGAUAUAGAGAUGGCGGCUGUGGAUUGCGACAAGGCCGUGACAGUAGAGUUCAAGCAUGACGACACACUCAGCGAGGAGACCGGUGCAUUCAUGCAGUGUGCCUUGCUGUACACCACCAUCAGCGGGCAGAGACGGCUCCGCAUCCACAACCUGAGUCUGAACUGCAGCUCGCAGUUGUCAGAGCUGUACAAGAGCUGCGAGACCGAUUCGCUCAUCAACUUCUUUGCCAAAUCAGCUUACCGUGCCAUAUUGAACCAGCCUCUAAAGAAUGUGAGGGAGAUCCUGGUAAACCAAACAGCUCACAUGCUGGCCUGCUACAGGAAGAACUGUGCCAGUCCCUCCGCUGCCAGCCAGCUGAUCCUGCCUGAUGCCAUGAAAGUGUUCCCAGUCUACAUGAACAGCCUGAUGAAAACUGCCCCCUUGGUGGGCAGCACAGAGCUCUCCACAGAUGACAGAGCCCACCAGAGGCUGUCGUUCAUGGCCAUGGUGGAGGACACGCAACUUCUGCUCUACCCUCGCCUCACUCCCCUGCACAAUGUAGACGUCGACAGCGAGAAGCCGCCCACCCCGGUGCGCUGUUCUGAGGAGCGCCUCACAGACUCUGGCAUGUUCCUGCUGGAGAACGGCCAGUCCAUGUUCCUGUGGUUGGGCCAAGCGAGCCCACCAGACCUCAUCCAGAACCUCUUCAACCUGCCCUCCCUCGCCCAUCUGCAAGGACACAUGUGUGCGCUGCCGGAGCUCGACAACCCUUUAUCAAAGAAGGUCCGAUCGAUCAUCAGCAGCCUUCUUGAAAAGAGGCCGAACUCUAUGAAGCUGCACAUCGUGAGGCAGAGAGAACCAGAGAUGCUGUUCCGUCAGUUCCUGGUGGAGGACAAAGGCUUGCACGGCGGGGCCUCCUACAUGGACUUCCUUUGCUACGUUCACCGAGAGAUCAGGCAGCUGCUAACUUAACCCAUUCCUCAUGUUUGGGCUCAGUUUCCCCAACUGGACCAUGUACAAACUCCGAGGGUCAGUCUCAUUAGGUUCUGUUUGAAUCUUUAAGAUGAGCCACAGAAAGACGAGGGAAAAAAAAAAGAAAAAGGAACCAGGGAGAGCCUGUCGUCAUUCAACCUCCAGAGUCCAAAGUUGCCUUUAUCAUUGUUUAGUGUACCCACAGUAUGAUCUUCAAAUAACCACUUGACACUCGAGCAACUUUAGAGUAAACAAGGGAAUGAAAUGGACAACACAUUCAGCAUUUCCCGCUAGGGCACUCUGUGUGAUGGACUGAUAUCAGUGCCCGAGGCUGAAAUGCAUUCUGGCACAAGGCCCAUCGACAUAAGCAAUACAACACCCACUGUGUAUUCAUUGGCUGAAGUGUUUUUUUUUCCAUUUCACUUUGUAGAUUUAUAGGAUUUGGAUACGACAAGAGGUUAUUUGUGGGCUAUACUGUAGAUGUUCACUAGUCUUUGUUACUCUCCCAGGAAAACUGAGUAUAUAUAAGGAGCCUCAGUACAUUUAAUUUUUUUAAAAAUCUUUUUUAAACAAUAGAUGUUCAAAGAAUAUUUACAAUAUUUAAAGGACUUGCAGAGGUUUCUACAUUUUAUCACACUUUGGCCGUCUGGCUCGAAAAUGCAUUUCAGUAAAUGUUUUCAAACGUGUAUCCAUCAUAUCAUAAUUUAACUGUAAUGAUGCUGAAACAAAAGCCACAGGCUGCCAGGACUGAACACGGUCCUGUUGUUACACCACGAGUGAUUCAAUGCAUUCGAUUCACACGUGCCCCCCCCACCACCACCGAAAAUCUCAUUCUUUGACCAUUUAUGGCCUCACAACAUGCAGCGAUAAAUGUAACGUUUUGUUUUGGUGUUCUGAGUACACAAUGAGGUGAUCACAGCUGUGGCUCUAUGUAGAGAACGUGUCUGAUGAAAAGUGACACUUUUUCUUUUCCCAAUUAUACGCGAGUCAGAGUCGUUACUCAAAAAGAAUUACCUUAACAAUCCAACAUAGGAAAAGAUUUUUUUUCGUUUGUUUGGGCCUGCUUGAGAAAUGUCACCAUAUAAGAACCUUCAGCAGCAGCAGAUUUGAAUUUAAAAUGACUUUUACAGCAGACAAACAGUCCAGUCAU